AUUGUAGCGAGUGUGUUUUAUUGUAUUUUUGUAUUUUUUGUACAUCCAUGCAAACAGUUGGUGUUCGUGUUAAUCCCUGUACGCAGGCUGUGCUCCGUUCUGAUUGGCUGUUAUGUUGCUUAUACUUACUUUAUCACGGGGGAAUUCUGGGGGAUUCGAGGGGUGACCUCCUAACCGUUGUGUAGAGAAGGGGGGACCAUAAUGUGAGCUGGGGGACUCCAAUAUUUAGCGGUUGCUUUUUUAAAGGUUGUUGUGGGGAAGAGAAGUACGCGCUUGAUAAAAAGCAGUUUCUGAGCUCCUCUCCAGUCGCUCUGUGGGGUCGAUGCUGCAUUACUUUACUUGCGUACUUUUUUUUUUUUGUAUGUUUUAAGUGUUUCUCAAUGUUAUGAUAUUUUCCGCACUUACAUUGAAUCGAUAGGAUAUGCAGUGUAGCGCGUUCCUGCAAAGAAAUAAAGUUAAAUUGAGCGAUUACAGGCAUGUUAUCAGCUCAACGACCGUGUAGAACAUGCGGUCUCUCUCCAGUAAGUCAGUAUCUCUCCAGCCGGACGGUCUCUCCCCAGUAGGACAGUCUCUCCGGACUCGCGCUCCUCUGUGAGCCUCAGCGCUGCAAGGUGCAGGACUAUUGGCACUGGUUGUGUUCUCCUAGGACCGACAGCAUGGACGCGCGAUUUGAAGAAGACGCCAAAGACUUCGCUCAGGUUGGGCUCGAUAAACGGGGUAGCACAGGCAACCUUGUCCAGGGCCCAGUGCUAGAUGGAUCCACUGAAUACCAUACAGAUUCUUCAGAUGAAGAGACCACAGAAUGUAGCCAGGUUGGUCAUAUAAGUGCAAAUCAGUCUCCGACUGAUGAGAUGUCCGCCAGCGAAAGCGCCUGCCUGCUCACCCUUCAGGGACUGAAUCCCACCAGUUCAGCGGAAACAGAGCCCUCCGACACCAAAGCUCCUGCUGUUGCGAGUUCUGCAUGCAGCUUCAAAAAUGGCCACGUCUUUCCGAAGGAAGAGUCCAGCAGAGCCCCGCCCAUCUGCACUCCACCGACCGCAGCCGCGAACCGACCCCGUCCGCUCUGCACACACUCGCCUGGCUGCGGCGGAUUCUGCGAAGCGGAGAAGAAGCACGCUUCCUCCGGCUCCUCCCCCAAGAGCCAACGCAGCCUGAAAACCUCCACGAGUCAGAUUCAAGGGGCAGCUGGCGAUGACCUUUGUGCCUCUGUUUUGCUGGCCUGCCUUUUCUGCCAGCUGUGCGACUGCUUGCUGGCCACGGCCGAGGGUUGUCGACUGUGCUUCUCCUCGCUCUGCUCCUCCCUGUGCUGCUGCGACGCCUCAUCCUUGGAGGUUCUGUUGGGCUUCGCCCCCCGCUGCAGCUGCGGGGGCUGCCUCGAACCACAGGGCUGCCUCUGCGGCGGAACCGUGUUCGACUGCUCUGUCCUGGACCUCUGUUUCCACACGACCGAGUGUCUGGAACUGGGCAUGGAGAUCUCGCAGAUUCUCUUCCACUGAGGGCUCCGGCUGACAUGUACGUGCGCUGCUCCUGCAGGCUCUGUCCUCCACAUCUUCCUGCACCUUCUCACUUCCUCCAGUGUCUCGUUACGUUCGUCUCUUAGCACGUGAAGGCAGAUUCUCCGUCUGACUUCUGUGUGAGCGCCUUUUUGAACAAAAUGCUGUCUUUCUGUUUAAUUUAUAUCGCGCACGCUGUCAUUCCAGUCACAGUUCACGAUCGUAUACGUUGCUCUUUGGGGUGACGUACCUUAGAGCUGGCUCCUCAGAACACAUGUAGCAGGUGCCCGCUUUGCUUUUACUUUCAGUUCCAAAAUUUUUAUUUAAUACAAUUUUUUUUUUUAUAUAAAUCAUUUGCAGAUUGCCACAAAAGCACCAAUUUCCACAGACAGAAUGAAAGAACAGGGAAACGGGUGUGCUUUUAUUCCUUACCUUCUUGUGACAGGGGAGGUCCAGUGAAAGGGGAAAAUAUCGUGUGUGUGUCUGUCUGUCUGUCUGAAUGAAGAAGCAGAAGAUCCUGUAACUGAAAUCACUGUUGGUCAUUGUUCCAGAAUGUGUGGCGAACGUGAGCUGUGUCACUCAGUAUCGGCGCCUCGAGACCGUGUGUGUGACGACUGACCCGUGUCUCCCCGCAGACCGCUGCGCGCGCUGCAUCCUAGCCUGUCUGUUCUGCGAGCUGCUGUCAGCGUGUUCCCUGCUG